AGCCCUCUUUCGAUACAACAACGCCGAUCGCUGCGGUGGGACGCCACCAACCACCACCACCACCACCGCCUUGGGAUUCCAACUCAUAUCAUCACCAUUUCUCUCUCCAGUAAGUCUUUCUAUGUAUCUACCUCUACGCAUAUGAAUUCUGGCCUGCCUUUUGCUUUGAAGUAAGCUGCAAUUCACACACAUGGGGCGUAAGAAGCGAAACGUCACUACUCGCCCCAAGCCUGCUAAUCCUUCUCCAUCGCCGCUUAACGACCAUGGCGGUGAUGGUGAUGUUAGCUCACUCACUAUGGAACAGAAUUUGGGUGUGAAUUCGUUGGUUGUACAAGAGGAACUGCCGAACCUAGAGAGUGAAGUUUCAUUAGCGAUUGAAUCGGAUGGUUACUCUGCUGUGAAAGUUGAGUGCGAGAAAGCUUUAAAUGCGCUUCGACGUGGGAAUCAUAAGAAAGCCUUAAGGUUGAUGAAGGAGAUGUGUGCCAAACACGACAACACGACUUACUUGUCGUUGAUUCAUCGAGUUCAAGGGACUGUGUGUGUUAAGGUUGCUUCCAUUAUUGAUGAUCCUAAUGCAAAACAGCGGUAUGUGAAGAACGCGAUCGAGUCGGCUAAGAAGGCGGUGAUGUUAUCGCCAAAUUCUGUUGAGUUUGCACAUUUUUAUGCAAAUUUGCUGUAUGAAGCAGCUAAUGACGGAAGGGAUUAUGAGGACUCGGUGCAUGAGUGUGAGCGUGCACUGGCCAUUAAGAAUCCAAUAGAUCCUGGGAAGGAGAGUUUGCAGGAUGAGAGCCAGCAGAAGAUCUCUGCAGCGGAUGCAAGGAUCGCGCAUGUGCAGAACGAGCUUCGUGCAUUGCUUCAAAAGGCCAACCUUGGUUCUAUUUCAAGUUGGAUGAAGAAUCUAGGAAACGGGGAGGACAAAUUUAGGAUUAUUCCUAUCAGGAGGGUUCCUGAAGACCCAAUGGAUAUAAGAGUAGUUCAAGCCAGAAGGCCAAAUGACAUCAAGAAAGCAAAUAAGACCGAAGAGGAACGGAAGAAGGAGAUUGAAGUUAAAGUGGCUGCAGCRAGGCUGUUGCAGCAGAAAUUAGAGUCGUCCUUAUCCCAAAGUGAUGUAGAUAAGGGUUCAGAACCUUCUGCUGGGCCUGGUCAGCGAACAAGUGAACGAAAGAAGAGUGGAAAGGCGAGGAAGAAUGCAUCUGCUUCUGAGAGAAAAGAUAGUAUUCUCCCUUAUUGGAAGUCCAUGGGUAGGGAUUUGAAGAAAGACUUGUUCAAGAUAAGGAUAUCGGAUAUUAAGGCCCAUUUUAGAUCACUAAAAGAUGGGUUGGCAUAUGAUGUCAUUUCGGAAGCUUUAUCAUUUGGUGUGGAUAAUAAUGGUUGGAGGUUUUGGAUGUGCUGUCGAUGCAGUGAGAAAUUUGCAGACCCUGAAUUGCACAAGCAACACGUUGUACGCGAGCACAUGGAUAGCUUAUUGCCGAAAUUGCAGGCAAUGUUGCCUCCAAAUGUUGACCAUGAGUGGACCGAAAUGCUUCUGACCUUUCCUUGGAAAGCAUUGGAUGUUAAUGCUGCAGUUAAGAUGAUUGAGCUGCAAUCGAAUUCCCUUGUUACUAACUUUGUUGAUAGACCAUACACAAAGAACCCAGAAUUAGCUAAUGACCAUUUUGGUGACAGUUAUUGCUCUGAUGAUGCAUGGGAUUCAUCAUUUGGACAAAAAAAACACAAGGAUAGUUGCAACGCUAUAAUUGUGGGGAGCAGAAAGCAUGCCAAGACUCUUGAUUGUGUCCCAAUGGAAUGCAAUCAAAGUGAAGGUUGCAAGGGGUAUUUUAGUCCUGAUAGCUGGCCUUCAUCCAACGACAUUGAGCGCACAAAGCUACUUGAAAAAAUAAAAGCUUUAUUCCAGUUGCUUAUCAAACAUAAGUGCCUUGCAGCUAGUCAUCUUACCAAGGUUAUACAGUUUGCAGUUGAGGAGUUGCACCCUCAGCUUCUCAACUGCAGUGUGGAGAACUCACCCAUUUGUAUAUGCUUUCUUGGAGCACAAGAGCUCAAGAAAGUGCUCAUAUUCUUGCAAGAACUAUCUCAUUCCUGUGGAGUAGGUAGGUAUUCAGAGAAAAGUAAUGCCAUGGAAGAGUUGAACAGUGUCAUACAAGUGACCAAAAUGGCCGAGAAAGUAGUUAUUGAUGAAGAUGGUUCUAGUCUCUUGUUGGAUGAGAGUUCUUUGCCGUUCAAGCUAAGUGUGACCACUCACCAAGAUAAUCCUGCAGGCAAUGCAAUCGCCGCUAAUAUUUGCUCUGAGAACAGGUUAGCACAUGAUGAUGAUCCUCUAUUGUCCUGGAUAUUUUCUGGUCACACAAGUCGAGAGCAGUUGACACUCUGGACAUGCACUAGAGAGGAGAAGAUGCAUCAAGGGAUUGUGAUCCUAGAGAUGCUUGGUAAGGAAUUUUUCCAUCUGCGGAGCUUAUGUGAUAGAAAGUUGGAGCAUAUAAACUACGGGGAAGCAUUGCAGCUAGUUGAAGAUCUCUGUCUAGAAGAAGGUAAGAGAAGAGAGCAUGCUACAGAAUUUGUCCGGCAAAGUUACGAGUCUGUUUUGAGGAAGCGACGAGAUGAACUUACUGAACAUGACAAGGAGCUUACCUGUGUCAAUCAGUUUGAGUUGGAGGCCUUGACAAAUGUUCUAAAAGAAGCAGAAUCUUUAAACGUUAACCAGUUUGGGUUUGAGGAGACAUAUGGUGGUGCAAAUUCGCAUGUAUGUGACUUAGAAGCCGGCGAAGAUGAUUGGAGGAUGAAUGACUAUCUCCAUCAGUUGGAUUCUUGCAUAGAAGUUGCAAUCCAGAAACAGAAAGAACAGUUGUCUAUAGAGCUUAGCAAAAUAGAUGCCCGGAUCAUGCGAAAUGUCUCUGGAAUGCAGCAGUUGGAAGCCAAGUUAGGUCCUUUAUGUGCUCAUGAUUUUGGAGUCAUAGUUGUGCCUCUUGUAAAAUCAUAUUUACGGGCACACAUAGAGAAUUUAGCAGAGAAAGAUGCUACAGAGAAAUCAGAUGCUGCCAGAGAAGCUUUCUUGGCAGAACUUGCUCUAGAUUCUAAAAAAGGGUUCGGAGGUAUCCCAAAGCAUCUUAAUGAUAAGCUAAAGGAUAAAAGAAAGAACAAGGAAUUCAGAAAAACGAAGGAUUCCAAGGCGAUAAGCACUGGUGAGCUACAUGUUUUACCCCUUGAGAAUGCAGAAAAGGCUUCCUCCACUGCACUCAUGAUAGAUGGACAACCGACUGAAAGUGGUGCCGAAGUUGGUGUUGCUUUCCAUCAACAUGUAGAUGAAGCCAGGCGUAGAAAAAUCGAACUUGAAGCUGAGGAAAGGAAGCUUGAAGAGACAUUGGAAUAUCAAAGAAGAAUUGAGGAUGAGGCUAAACAAAAACAUCUUGCAGAGCAACAGAAAAAUAGCUCAAAAGUGAUCCCAAUGAGCAUGGUUCCAGUAGAUAUUUCUGAUGUCUACAUGAAGCAUAACAUUGGUAAUCAUGUUGAUGAUAAACGUAAACCUUCUAGGCUGGAACCUAUGAAGCAAAUCAAUGGACUUCUUAGCCCCCUUGAAGAUGCUUCUGGCAAGGCUGAAGAUGGAGUUCUAGAGAGGAUUGGUAUUGGUUUACUUAAUGGAGGAAUAGUUGAGGAUGGUGCCUUGCUUUCUGAGCGUAGAACAGGAAGAAGAGGUAGGCGGCAAAAAAAUACAACCAAGCUAGUUGAAGGAAGACAGCAACCGGCGUCAUCUGGAAAGGAAACUACUGAAUUUGGACAAGUUAUAUACGGUGACAGUUUCCAGGGUGAUAGUAAUAUUUCUUCAGGAUAUAAUGAGACAAAGAUAUUUGGCGUUUUGCAAGCAGAAGAUGAUGACGAAAAGAGGUUCCAAGCUGACCUAUCAAAAGCUGUCCGCCAAAGCCUCGAUGCAUUUCAUUCUCACAAGAAGUAUCCUUCUAUAUCUCUAUUAACGAUGCCUGAAGAUAUGCUUAUAGAUGGGGAAGACUCUUGUGUUUCAUCUAAUGAAGUCGUUCCAAACAAUGUAAUAGGAAAUGAUGUAUAUGGUACAGGCCUGAAGAACGAAGUUGGUGAAUACAACUGUUUUCUGAAUGUGAUUAUACAGUCUUUAUGGCAUUUGAGACGGUUUCGGGAGGAAUUUCUGAGUAUGUCUACUUCAGCUCAUCUUCAUGUUGGUGAUCCAUGUGUCACAUGCGCUUUAUAUGAUAUUUUUAUUGCUCUAAACAUGGCUUCUACGGACACACGAGUUCAGGCUGUUGCUCCUACUUCUCUUAGGAUCGCUCUUAGCAACUUGUAUCCGGACAGUAAUUUCUUUCAGGAGGCACAAAUGAAUGAUGCUUCUGAAGUAUUGGGAGUGAUAUUUGAUUGCCUACACCAGUCAUUUACAUCUGGUCCUGGUGUUUUUGAUAUUGAACCAAUGGAAAGCAAUGCCCUGGGCUCUUGGGAGUGUCAAAAUAAGGCUUGUACAGCACAUUCUCUUUUCGGAAUGGACAUCUUUGAACGCAUGAAUUGCUAUAAUUGUGGUUUGGAGACUAGGCGUCUGAAGUAUACUUCUUUCUUUCAUCAGAUCAAUGCCAAUGCCCUUCGGACCAUGAAGGUCAUGUGUCCAGAAAGCUCAUUUGAUGAGCUACUAAAUCUUGUCGAAAUGAAUCAUCAAUUAGCUUGCGAUCUUGAGGAUGGUGGCUGUGGGAAGCUUAACUACAUUCAUCACAUUCUUUCUUCUCCACCUCAUGUUUUCACAACAGUACUUGGUUGGCAAAACACCUGUGAAAGUGUUGAAGAUAUAAAGGCCACGUUGGCAGCCCUAUCUACUGAAAUAGAUUUAAGUGUUCUUUAUCGUGGACUUGAUCCAAGGAACAAACGCAGUCUGGUUUCAGUGGUGUGCUAUUACGGACAACAUUAUCAUUGCUUUGCCUACAGCUACGUUCAUCAACGGUGGGUGAUGUAUGAUGAUAAAACUGUAAAGGUAAUCGGAAGAUGGGAAGAUGUCCUUUCCAUGUGUGAAAAAGGGCAUUUGCAACCUCAGGUUCUUUUUUAUGAAGCUGUAAACUAAGCUACACCCGAGAAAAAAAAUAUACAACAUUUUUGACGCACCAAGUUGAAUAUGGAUCUGUUGUGGCUCGGCUCAGAAGUCAUAUAAUUGCGAAAACUGUAUUAUAAGGAAUUUAGUUAGGAGAGUUGGUCUUCUGAGAGAGGAUGCAACAAGUUUUGACCCAGAAAAAGUCCGAUGGUUGGAGGUUUCAAUCGACAAAAGUCACCGUUUUCACUAUUAUUGAAAUCCCUUCCGUUCUAUUAGUAGUUUUUGGAGGGAAAAGAGUCUACAAUUUGCAUUUAAAACAUCACCUUUUAGCAACUUAUUUUCCAGAAAAAAAAGGAUCAUAUUUGAAGAAGUUUGUGACUCUUUGUUUUGGGUUACCCAAGAAAAUGUUUGUGACUCGAGUCCGAGUAAAUGAAGCCAAUUGUAAUCCGGAUUCAGAAACUAGAAAAUGGGAUUUUUACUAUUGAGAAAGAGGUUGGGUAUAGAUCAGUCAUUGGUGGUUUCAACUUUCUGAUUUUGGGUUCGCACAUAAAAACCAGAAGGUAAGCGUAGGCUCGAUCUUUGUACUGCUAAAGUUUAGAAUUCCGGCAUGUUCUCUUUGUUUGUUGUUCAUCAAAACUCGGUGGUGCUAACGUUACCUUCGAAGUCGAAAACAGAUCGAGAAAUAUGCGAUGCUUGC